AUGGCAGAAAAGGCUCCCCCGGGGUUAAACAGGAAGACUUCAAGGUCAACACUCUCUCUUCCACCAGAACCUGUGGACAUUGUCCGGAGCAAAACGUGUUCACGGAGAGUCAAAAUCAAUGUGGGGGGCCUGAACCACGAGGUCCUGUGGAGAACGUUGGACCGACUGCCCAGGACACGCCUGGGGAAGCUGCGAGACUGCAACACGCACGAGAGCCUCCUGGAGGUGUGCGAUGACUACAACCUGAACGAAAAUGAGUACUUCUUUGAUCGGCAUCCAGGCGCCUUCACUUCCAUUUUGAAUUUCUACCGGACAGGGAAACUCCAUAUGAUGGAAGAAAUGUGUGCUCUCUCCUUCGGCCAGGAGCUAGAUUACUGGGGCAUUGAUGAGAUCUACCUGGAGUCCUGUUGCCAAGCCAGGUAUCACCAAAAGAAAGAGCAAAUGAAUGAAGAACUGAGGCGUGAGGCAGAGACCAUGCGAGAGCGGGAGGGAGAAGAAUUCGAUAACACCUGCUGCCCCGAGAAAAGGAAGAAGCUGUGGGACUUGCUGGAGAAACCCAACUCCUCGGUGGCUGCAAAGAUCUUGGCCAUUGUGUCCAUCCUGUUCAUCGUACUCUCCACCAUUGCUCUGUCUCUCAACACCCUCCCGGAGCUUCAGGAGACGGAUGAAUUUGGACAGGCCAGCGACAACCCCCAGUUGGCACACGUGGAGGCGGUGUGCAUUGCUUGGUUUACCAUGGAGUACCUCUUACGCUUCCUCUCCUCGCCAAACAAGUGGAAGUUCUUUAAAGGCCCACUCAACGUCAUUGACUUGCUGGCCAUCUUGCCCUAUUAUGUCACCAUCUUCCUCACAGAGUCCAACAAGAGCGUGCUGCAGUUCCAGAAUGUGCGGCGCGUGGUCCAGAUCUUCCGCAUCAUGCGGAUCCUCAGGAUCCUGAAGCUCGCCAGGCACUCCACAGGCCUGCAGUCUCUGGGUUUCACCCUCAGACGGAGUUACAACGAGUUGGGUUUAUUGAUAUUGUUUCUGGCCAUGGGGAUCAUGAUCUUCUCCAGCCUGGUGUUUUUUGCGGAGAAGGAUGAAGAUGCCACCAAGUUCACCAGUAUCCCAGCAUCCUUCUGGUGGGCCACCAUCACCAUGACCACUGUAGGCUACGGUGACAUCUACCCAAAAACAUUGCUGGGGAAGAUCGUGGGCGGCCUCUGCUGCAUUGCCGGGGUUCUGGUGAUUGCCCUCCCCAUCCCAAUCAUUGUGAACAAUUUUUCUGAGUUUUACAAGGAGCAAAAACGCCAGGAGAAGGCCGUGAAAAGGAGAGAGGCUCUCGAGCGGGCCAAAAGGAAUGGAAGCAUCGUCUCUAUGAACUUAAAAGACGCCUUCGCUCGAAGUAUGGAGCUGAUCGACGUGGCUGUGGAGAAGACAGGAGAGCCGGCCAAGACAAAGGACCCCACCGACGACAAUCACCUGUCUCCCAGCCGGUGGAAGUGGGCCAGGAAAGCUCUGUCAGAAACCAGCUCCAACAAGUCUUACGAGAACAAGUACCAGGAGGUUAGCCAAAAAGACUCCCACGAGCAGCUGAACAACACGUCCACCUCCAGCCCUCAGCAUCUGAGUGCGCAGAAGCUGGAGAUGCUGUACAACGAGAUCACCAAGACCCAGCCUCACUGUCACCCCAACGCCGAUGGCCAGGAGCAGCCCGAGCGGCCCUCAGCCUACGAAGAGGAGAUCGAGAUGGAGGAGGUGGUGUGCCCGCAGGAGCAGCUGGCCGUGGCGCAGACCGAGGUCAUCAUGGACAUGAAGAGCACCUCCAGCAUCGACAGCUUCACCAGCUGUGCCACCGACUUCACCGAGACCGACAGGUCGCCCCUGCCACCGCCCUCCGCUUCUCACCUGCAGAUGAAGUUCCCGCCCGACUUCCCAGGCACCGAGGAGCCCCAAAGAGCCAGGGGCCCCCCUUUCCUAACACUCGCCAGAGAGAAAGGCCCUGCGGCCCGGGAUGCCUCCCUAGAAUAUGUCCCGGUCAAUAUCACUGGGCACCCCGAUGCCAGCGGUUCCCAAAGCGGGCUCCAUGGCCCCGGGCCAUCUGACAGUGCCCCCGAGAGCCCGAGGAGCUCUCUGAGGGGCAGCCACCCCAUGAAAUCCAGGUCGUUCAAGGUGAAUUUCAAGGAGAACAGAGGCAGUGCCCCGCAGACCCCACCCAGCACAGCCAGGCCUCUGCCGGUCACGGUGGCUGACUUUCCCAUCACCACCCCACAGCUCAUCAGCACCAUCCUCUUAGAAGAAACCCCCCCACAGGGAGACAGGCCCCUGCUGGGGACUGAGGUCUCCGCACAUUGUCAGGGACCCGCCCGAGGGCCGAGCCCCCGGGUUCCCAAGCAGAAACUCUUUCCUUUCCCAUCGAGAGAGAGGAGGAGCUUCACAGAGGUGGACACUGGGGAAGACGAUGACUUCCUAGAGCUGCAAGGGCCCCGGCAGGACGCGCAGGCCGGCUCCAGCCCUAACUGCUUUGCCGAUAAGCCGAGCGACGGGAGAGACCCUUUAAGGGAAGAGGCCUGUGCGGGCUCUUCCUCCCCCCAGGACACAGGUCACAACUGUCGGCAAGACAUUUACCACGCUGUGGCCGACGUUAAAAAGGACAGUAGUCAAGAAGGGUGCAAAAUGGAAAACCACUUGUUCUCCCCAGAAACACAUUCCAACCCAGGAGACACAGGUUACUGUCCCACACGUGAGACCAGCAUGUGA